ACAAUACCGUCAAGGGUGACCACAACCUCAAGGUUUCUCUGCUUCGUCCAACACACUUCUAAUGGAUCCGAAAUCUUUUCAAACAAUGCGUUUGAGUGGUCUGUUGUGCGACUGCACGAUACAAAUUGUCGAUAAGCAGUUGCCGGUGCACGGUGUAGUGAUGGCGUCACGUUGCGACUACUUUCGAGGUUUGCUGCAGUCGGGGAUGCAAGACGCCAACCGAGUCGAUCUAUCCAACAUGCCGGGUAACUACGACACGAUGAAAUCGAUCGUCGACUUUUGCUACGGCAUAUCAAUCCAAGACAGACUCGACGAGUCGAACAUCGCUCACGUGCUCUGCGCUGCUUCGUAUCUCCAAAUGUCCGGACACAACAACUUGGAGGAGAUCUGUGGAGACAAACUAAAAAAACUAACAAAACACAAACUAACAAGAUGCCUAACCAUUCUGUACAACUGUACUGACAUCGGAGUUGUUGCAGAGAGAGAAGGAGUGACGGAGAAAUGCAUGGAAGCGGCAGUACGUCACUUCAAAUCGUAUGAUGAAGACAAAAGUGGGCCUACCGACAAGCUUUGUAAGUCUCUGAAUUUAGAAAAUCUUCCUAUUCCCUGGAUGAAACAAAUUCUGGAGAAAAUGCAACAAAGUGGAUGUGAUAUGUCGAUGAUUACGUCUGUGUCAACUGUUUGUGCCGGUUCUAUCAUCAGCUAUUACCACAACGGAGGUCAGACGGUAAACAACUCUCUCUAUUCUUACUACUCUUGUCUUCCAUCGGCAGCAAGCCCUAAAACUUUGCUCAAAGCAUUUAAAGCAAUUAUGAGUUACGUUCCUGACGAGGCAUCAGCAUUAUGCCCGUAUGCUGUAGCCCCAAUUUGGUUUGUUAACGCUCUGGAGUUUGUCACCACACAUGCACUGUCAUAUGCUGGUCGUUUGUAUUCUUUGUGUGCUAGCAUAUACAACGAACUUGCAGACAUCGAAGACGAAGACGCAGUUGUUUACCGGUUGAAACCAAACGCAAUAAUAAAACUAAACAAAGUGACUGAGGCCAAUCACAGCCAUCUUGCCGAUUGUGUACAGAAAUUAACAGACCGCUACCUUUUUGUGCAAGCUCGACGCCGAUCUCUGACUCCAUCUAACUUCGUGCGAGUUGUGCAGUCUACCGAUUGGUGCAGCAGAGAGUCUUUUGACGCGCCAUUUGAGGCCUUAAGCGAAAUGCUGGAAAUUCCUCAAGAUGUCAUGCAGAUAACUAGAGAUGAGAUUGCAAACAUGGUUGCAAAAGUUGAUUUUACAAAGUUAAGUCAACAUAUGCUCGAACGAGCAGCAGCAAAUAGUAAAAUACCGAGAGAGGUCAUCAUGAUGGCUGCAGUCAAUGUUUGUUCUACGUUACGGUGUCAGAUUGCCACCACAUCUCAAGCACUUACCAAAGAAACAAAAAAAUCAAAAAAAUUUAAAUCGGCUUUAGCUACUGCAAAUCGUGACAAGAGAAGAACGAAACUUUGGAGUCGAGACUUCAAACAGAGGAAGACGAUAACGGUUUGGUAGGGAUACCCGAACGAUCAUUGGCAGUUGGACUCCAAAUGCUCGUUCUUUUCGAUAUGGAUGGAAUAAUGAUUAUUAUUGAUUUAUUUUUUGUUAAUCUAUUGAUUUGAGUAUAAAAACGUUUAGCACAUGCUCUCGAAAUCGGCUUAUUCCAUGGAACCGUCCACGAAUCCCAAAGUUAAGUCUGCAUCCUACCAAGCUCAAGUAGACAAAUUCUACUGCGUGCAUAUUUCAGCAUGUCCAGAAAUGUCUUUGAUCCUAUUCAGUGCAAGAAUGGACGAACUGUGCAUAUCACAGACCGAAGAUCACUUUCUUUGGAGAUUGACAAAUGCGUACGGUAAUAGUUUAAAACAAUUUUACGUCUGGAAACACAAAGACAGUUAGUAUUAAGCAACUGAGAAGUGACUAAUAGCAUAAUGCUGUACGUUUUCAACUACACUUUUUUUAAUAGUUUGUUAUUUAAUAAAAGUUAU